UGAAUGAGGAGCUCAGAUACCUCUCAGUAUCUCACCUUGAGUGCCUCUCUUUGCCCACAAACCACGUGCAGGGACCCCCACCCCCCAGCAACAUGCCCUAUGCUUCUCGCUCUGCUGGGCAGGCCUGCCAAAUUUCUCCAUGCUGACUGGGACCCCCCUGGGAGGAGUUCUGUGUCACUGUUCCCUACAGACCCCAAGAAGCAGAGGAAGCUGAUGCUCACAGACCAUAACCAGCUGGUUCGUUUCAACAUCACCCCAGUCAGGAACACCAUCAUCACCCCAGAGAAACGCCUACGUAACCGCAUCCAAGUGCGCUGCAGCCGCUGGCCUCCCCUGACCAUGUGGGCAUCCUGGGUCCUGAACAGUACCAUCUUCAAAAGCUUCAUCAUCUUUCUCAUCUUCCUGAACAUGCUGGUUCUUAUGAUCAAGAGCGAGGUGAUGGACAAUAUGGAUGUCAGCCUGGUGAACCUGAAGCUCGCCUUAGAGGUGACCGUCUGGGUCAUCCUCCUCAUUUUUAUCAUGGAGAUUUUGCUGAAUUGGAUUGUUAGUUUCAGAGGCUUCUGGAAAAGCAGCUGGAAUGUCUUCGACUUCAGCAUUACCAUAGUGUCCGUGAUCCCCGAGUUCCUGGACAUCGUUGGCGUAACCAACAAGAUAGCUGCCAUGAGUUUCAUCAGGGCCUUCCGCAUCCUCCGCACCUUAAAGCUCUUCUCCAAAUUCCGGCAAGUUCGGGUGAUCAUCCUGGCAAUAGCAAAGACCUUGAAGGCUAUGACCUUCAUCCUGCUGCUCUUGCUGGUUUUCUUCUAUGUGUUUGCUGUAUCUGGCAUCUUCUUCUUUGAGAGCUACAGUCGGUCAGACCGCACCGACCUGGAGUUCAGCAUGUAUUUCAGGGAUAUCCCCAACACCUUGGUGACACUGUUCAUCCUCUUCACCAUGGAUCACUGGUAUGCCCUGCUCCAGGACACCUGGAAGAUACCUGAGAUGAACAAGGUCAUCAGCAGCCUCUAUAUCAUCCUCUGGCUGCUGAUUGGAUCCUUCAUGUUCAGGAACAUCUUUGUGGCAAUUAUGGUGACUAAUUUCCAGAUGAUCCGGAGUGACCUGGCUGAAGAGGUGAAGCAGAUAGAGGCCCAGAAGAAAGCAGAUUUAUUUAAAACACAGAUUAUAGAGAGCAGGCAGCAGGUCUCAGGCUUGGAGGUUUGCCCAGGAGCAGAGGCAGCCCCUAGUGCGCAGCAGCCAGAGUACAUGGUGGUAGCGAAGCAGAGCGUGAAGGACUUGGACUGGGAGACAUACAUCCACCAGAACCUGCAGAGCCUGGUGGAGGUCAAUGAGGAUGGAUGGGUGGUGUGGCCCAGCGACUCCCUCUUCCGCUACUUUGAACUGCUGGAGCAGCUGCAGCACAACCUCGAAGAGCGCAAGAGGCUGCAGCAUUAUGCAGGUGAGUAGGAGGCAAACAGCACGGGGGGGGGGGGAGGAGGUUCCUGAGCACACAGGGGAAGACAUGCUCCUUCUCCUCCUUUGGGACACUGCCUGGCCUUCUUUCUGCCUGCAGCAUUUCAUUCUUCUCAGCCCCUCUCCCACCAGCAGCAAAACAACCCCCCAGCCAGGGAACAGGGCUCCCUGCAAGGCAAUUUCCAUGCCCCAGGCCUGCUCCCUCCCCCAUUUGCUCUUGGGGCAGGGCAUGCUCAUUGCUAUUGACCAGGAAGGCUAGUUGUCCCCCAUUCAUAACUAGGUGCCCAGAAUGGAAGAGACUGUUCUGGGGGAAGUCACCUCAGGGCAGGGUCUGCUGUGCACAUAGAGCCCACUGCCUUUGCCCCAGGUCCUGGCACCAGCACCCCAGCAUUCUCCUAGUCUGAACUGCAUUGAAUUGCCUACCCCUUCCAUUUAUUUCUCUGACCUCCCUAGGAUGUGUGGGUCCUCCCAACUUGGCACAGUGGUUACAUGCUCAAAUGAUGCUGUCUAGCCUCAGC